CGCAUUUCGCGGUGAAAGUUGUAAGCGGACUGGAGCCAUAGAUUUUCAUUGUGUUAUUUUGUGUUUUGGAUGGUCCACCGUUGACGUUGGAAAUAUGUGUUAACUCAUAUUUUGUUCUUGAUAUUUUACACUUUACCUUUAGUUACACUGAAUUUUGUAUGCAACCACAUAUUUUAACGUAUACGUUUUCUUCUUUGUAAUAUUGUACUUUUUUCUAGUGUAUUUUUCUUUACGUGUACAAUGUGUGGACAAUUUACAGUUUGACAUUGGUCGUUAUUGCAUUAAAACUGCUAACUGGUUGACUGUAGUAGUUGAAUUUUUGAAUAACAAUAUGAAAUAGCUAUAUUAAUUGUAAAUUUUCAAAUAGCGUUUUGUGUUUCUACUUUCUUUAGUGAAAAUGAAUACCGUAUAUCUUAAUGAUAAGGAAAAAGAAUUCCGAACACUAAACUAUGGAGAUGUUGUUAAGUGUUGGAAUGAUAACGUUGAAUGUACAAUAUGCAACAACAAUAUAAUGAAGGAAAUUGUAGUAAAAAAGAUGAUAAUGGUUCAUAAGAUCCAUUUAUUUUUGUGUUGUUACAAUUGUUUCUACAAGCUAUGUGAAGGAAAUGAGUACAGUUGCAUAUUAUGCUAUUCAAGCCAGAAUCUUUUAAAUUGUUCUCCAUGUGAACUUAAUGUUUGCAAUAGAUGUGUUGAAAAUCAUAAACUAGAAAAAGUAACCAGUUGUGCUUUACGUCAUUGCUUUAACUGUAAACCUAAUCUGUUAUGGAAAAAAAGAGCUGAAGCUGCUAUUGUAUUGAAAGUAUUUUCUUCUCAACUAAAUUUAUCUCGUGGACUUAUGGUGAAUGAAUCUGAAGAUGAACAAUUCGUAAGGAACUACUUAAUGGAAGAAGCUAAAACUAAUACAAAUGAAAUCAAUUUUACUAAAAUGAAAGAUCGUAUUUGCUUAGACUUUUUAAGCAGUUCGUUUAAAAUGACUGUAACAGAACAUAUAUCGGAAUUCACUAGGCAGACUGACGAGAACAAUACGUUUAGUAAUGAGAACAUAAGUCAUUUUAUUCGUAUUUGUGAACAAAUAUUGGAGAAUACAUGUUCUACAUUAACUAAUCUCAAGACAAUAUUUCAUCAGAAAACACAUUUAAAUCCUGUUGUAUUAUCCAUUAUUAAAUCACUAUUAAAAUCUGAAGAAAGAACUAUUAAUGAUAAGGUAUUUGAAAACGUUGAAGUGGAUGAUACAUUAACAAGCUCAAAAUCAAAUUUAAACCCAAUAAUAAAAAAAAGUAUAGAUUCUACUGAUCGUGAUACGAGUUCUAAGAACAUUUCUGAAGAAUGUUUGCCUAGUUUACCUGACUCGGGCAACAUGGAUUUAGAUACAAAUACUACUGAAGAAUGUUUGCCUAGUUUAACUGAAUCAGACAACAUGAAUUUAGAUACAAAUACUACUGAAGAAUGUUUGCCUAGUUUAACUGAAUCAGACAACAUGGAUUUAGAUACAAAUAUAACUGAUGAAUGUUUGCCUAGUUUACCUGAAUCAGACAACAUGGAUUUAGAUACAAAUAUUCCUGUACAAUCUGAUGAUGAAACAGAAGCCUUACAGAAUAGAAGUAUUGUCACUGUUGUUCUUAACCGAUUAGACGAUAGUGAAAUAAAAAAAUAUUUAGAAAAAAAGAACUGCAACUCAAAUAGUGACCAUUCUGAUCUCGAUGAACCACUAUCUCACCCAUCAAGUUUUUUUGACGAUGACAUAUUAUCUGAGGAUGAUAAUGAUGAAGCAGAAAAAACAGAAGAGAAAAACCAAACAAAACUAAAAUUAAAUGACCAGAAAAUAAUAUCAAAAGUAAACCACAUCUCCCGUAGAUCAACAGAGGAAAAAUCUGACGAUGAAAAAGAAAACGAUAGACUCGCUUGCUUAAAAAAUAUUGAAAAAGAAAGAAAACCAAACAAAAGCAAAGAAAAUCACACAGAAAACUCUGAUGAAGAAGAAAGUCUCCUUUCCAAAAAUAAUACAAACAUUUUAAAUGAUAAAGAAGAUGACUCUAAUGAAAGAAUGGAUAACAUAAUAAACAACAUUGAUGAACAUGAAAUUGAUACUGAAUCAUCUUUAAGCGAAACAAAUAUAUUAAGACCUGUACAUGAUAUUUUUAAGGAAAUGAAAUGCACUACUAGUAUCCCACUAAUAGAACUUGAAAAAAGUGAAGAUGAAAGUGAUGAUAGUUCUAUAAAAAGUGUUGUAGAAUCGUUCUUAAAUAAACGUGGAAAAGAGUAUAAUCGUAAAAAAAAAGAAAAAGAAGAUACUGACAGUGAUGUAAACUCUUUAGAAAGUGAUAGCAACAACAGUACGCGUCAUUCAUCAAACGACGAAGAUUAUUCUGAUGAAGGUAAAACAAAUAAACUUUCUCCAUUUCACAUGCCAUCGUUAAGUGAUAGCGAUUUAAGUGAUGAGAGUGUUGAUAUGAAAAAUAAUAACAGUGGAGUAAAAAGACAUAAUUCAUCAUCAGGUGAUUCAGAUUCAUCGUCAAAACUAUUCAAACACACGCCCAAAAAACGGCGCAAUACUAGAUCUGCCAAAAAAUCUUCAUAUAUUUUAUCUAGUCACAGUUCUAGCAAUGAUAGUUCUGCAGAAAGUAGUAGUGAUUCUACUAAUAUUGUACGCGGAAAAAAAAAGAAAAGACUCAGAGUAAUAGAUUCUGAAUCAACCAAUGAUUCUGACAGUAAUAGCUCUGGAAAAAAUAGCUCUUCACCUCUUAAGAAUGGGCGUAAAAAUAUACGCAGUAUACUUAAAAAGACUGAUCUUAGUGAACUAACUAAAAAUGCUUUAAGAGAAGAAGAUAUGCGUAGAAAAAGAAUUGAAGAAAGACAAAAAUUAUAUAACAAAAUAUUCAAUUUACCACUAGAAAUGGAGACUUGUGAAAAAUUGGUUCUAGAUUUUGAUCCUGUAAGUAAAAAAGAACUUGUCACAGUUCAUCCUGAUCUAGUAAAAAUGUUGAAACACCAUCAGAUUAAAGGUGUACAAUUUCUAUGGGUAUCUGUAUUUGAGUCUUUAGAACGAGCCCAAACUACAAAUGGAUCUGGAUGUAUACUUGCUCAUUGUAUGGGUUUGGGUAAAACAUUACAAAUUAUUACUUUAGUGCACACAUUAUUUCGUUAUCCGGAAAUUGGUGUUAAAACUGUAUUGAUUAUAACUCCUCAUAAUACAAUAGAAAAUUGGUGUAGAGAAUUUGAAAAAUGGUUACAUGAUAUUUCAGAGCAGACGUUUUUGGUUAUAAAUCUAGCUGAUGCUAAAACCUAUGAAGACCGACAAAAGAGGAUAGAAGAAUGGAAAAGUGAACAUGGUGUUUUAAUUACAAGUUACAGCCAGUUUAGAUCGGUUAUAAACUAUAAACGUAUUAAUAAAUACCCUGGUAUUAAGAGCGGACUUCUAGAUCCAGGACCUGACUUGGUAGUUUGUGACGAGGGUCAUUUAUUAAAAAAUCAUGAAUCUUUACUAUCAAAAUCAUUUCAAACUUUGAAAACUCUUCGAAGAAUUGUAUUAACUGGUACACCAAUGCAAAAUAAUUUAAAAGAGUAUUAUUGUAUGGUGCAAUUCGUAAUGCCUCAUUUGUUAGGUACAGUUAAAGAAUUUACCAAUCGUUUUAUAAACCCAAUUAAAAAUGGUCAAUAUUCCGAUUCUACUAGUUAUGAUGUAAAAAUAAUGAAAAGAAAGUCGCAUGUAUUACAUAAAGCUCUAGAAAAAGUUAUUCAGAGAUUUGAUUACAAUGUACUUACACCGUACUUGCCUCCUAAACAUGAGUAUGUCAUAUAUUUAAAGCUAUCAGAUGUGCAAAUUGAACUAUAUCGGAAAUAUUUGGCAAACUUCAGACAGCCUGAAUUAUUUACCAAUUAUACUAUGCUUUAUUUAGUAUGGACCCAUCCAAAGUUAUUACAAUUGUAUACCAAGAGAACUGAGUUAAAUGUAAAAAAACAAAAAAAUAAAAACUUAAAUAAACUGCUACAAUCAAGUUUUAUUGAUGAUGUAAUAAUUAGUACUGAUGUAGGAGACACAACUGAAGAGAAUGAAGAGGAUAAAGAUGAAAAAGCUAUGAUUGCUGGACCUUCACGAUCUAAGAGUUCAGAUUAUUUAAAUUGGUGGAAGCCAUUUAUAAAAAAAAAAGAAAUAGAAAUUGUUCAUCCAUAUGCCAAGUUUACUAUGAUGUUCUCAAUACUAAAAGAGUGUGAAGAGAUUGGUGAUAAAGUAUUAUUGUUUAGCCAGUCAUUAAAUACUCUUGAUGUUAUCCAAGAAUUUUUGGAAAAUGCUGAAGAUAUAGAAGACAAAGGCGCCCCUUAUGGUAAAUCAUGGAAUGAAGGUAUUGAUUUCUUCAGAAUUGAUGGUACUGUUUCUGUGAAAACUAGAGAAGACUGUUGUCAAAAAUUUAAUGACACCUCUAAUACUAAAUUGCGUCUUUUAUUACUAUCAACGAAGGCUUUUAACUUGGGCAUCAAUUUAGUUGCUGCUAAUAGAGUCAUAAUCUUUGAUGUCUCUUGGAAUCCGUCAUUAAAUGUUCAAAGUAUAUUUCGUGUGUUCAGAUUUGGUCAAAAUAAGCCAUGCUACAUUUAUAGACUUGUUUCAGAGGGUACAAUGGAGCAUAAAAUAUAUAACCGUCAAAUAUCAAAACUAUCAAUGGCAUUCCGAGUUAUUGAUGAACACCAAAUUGACCGCCACUUCAAUGCUAGAGAUCAAGAAGAACUUUACGAAUUUGAACCUAAAACUAGUGAAACUAAUAUACCAAAUUUACCAAAAGAUCGUCUAAUGGCUGAAUUGAUUCUGAAACACAAAGAUAUUGUUAUGAAUAUUUUGGAGCAUGAUUCAUUAUUACAAAAUAAUGAGGAUGAAGGAUUGGAUGAAAAUGAUCGACUAGCCGCAUGGGAUGAAUAUGAAAGAGAAAGGAAGGGUCUUAAUGUGCCACCACCAAUAUUAAAUCCAAUAAAUCCUUAUCAAAAUAAUUUAUAUAUUCAAAACCCAAUUCAAUUAGUCCCUCAUCCUUUAGGGAUACCAUUGAUUCCAGGUAUGCCGCCUGCUCAACCUCUAUAUACAUCACCAGAAGAUGAGACUCUGUUCAACACAUUACAAAAUCUAUUCCCUCAAGCUACUUUGUUACAACUAAAUGACAAGUUAAAUCAAGUGAAGUCUGCGCGAAAAGCUGGAUAUCCAUAAACAUAUGACAAUUUUAUAUUUCUUAUUUUUUUUUAUAUAAUUGUAAUUUUUUAAUAUUUAACGUGUUACUAAUGCACAACUAAACUAUUAUUAAUAUAUUUUUAAUAGUGAUUAUACUUUGUAAAUAAUCAAUCAUUAAGUUUAUGUCAAUGCAUAUUGUGUAUAGAAUACUAUUAUACAAAUAUUUAAAUUUCCAUUUUUUUUUUUUUACCAUCUAUGACAAUCAGUUGGGUUUUAACACCAAGGUCGUUAAAUAUUAGGUAGUUCUGUGAAUUUUAUAAUUGUUUAUUUUUAAAUGUAUUUACUGAUCUGCUGUUAUUCUAAGAUAACAAACUUUGAUAAAACCAGCCAACUAUUAAUGUUAUAAAUUUAUUAGAAAAUUGUACAAUAGUGAUUUUCGCUUCAUUAGUUUGAAUUAUAAAUUAUUUACUCGUUUUUCUAUAGAACACUACAAUAGCAUUUAGAUUAUGUCGCUCAAUUAGUUCCUACCUAAAUUUUAUCAUUUUAGCCAUCUAAGUGUGAUAUGUUUUAAUAGUAAUGUAUUACCACAAUUCUGUUAUUCAGUAUAAAG